GGUGGGGGGGAACUGGGGGAGUGUUUCCCCGAUUCUCAAUUAAAAUAAAACAGAACAGAAAAUGGCCAUGCUCCCAAAAUCUGAUGCACUCGUCGCCUCCAAGACCCGUUACACAUUCACGGUCUUCAUUUUCCUUAUUUUACUCCUCACCAUCUUCUUCUUCAGCAAACGAGUUCUAGAGCCUUCCCUCUCCUUUUACAGAGAUCCCUCCAUUCAACCCACUUCUCUCUCUUCGAAGGAAUCCGCAGUUCCUGUAGCCGCAUUGGAUCUUCUGGCUGAUCCACGGCUUGAUGAAGCUCCUCUUCCACAACCCAUUCCCCCAAUCCCUCAACCUUUAUCGAGAACAGAGCUAAAGACUGAAUCCUCUUCUGGUGUUAAGGAAGGGAGGUCAAAUGGUGAAUCUGGUUCAGAGUUUAAUGUGGGUCUCUCAAUUGAGACGAAUUCGUCGCCGAAGAAGGUGCCUAAAAGGUGUGAUUUCUACAAGGGUACGUGGGUCUACAAGGGUACGUGGGUUAAACACAAACAGCACCCGCCCUAUCAGCCGAACGAUUGCCCUUAUGUUGAUGAAGCUUAUAACUGCCAAGGAAAUGGAAGGCGUGACUCAGAGUAUAUGAAAUGGCGAUGGAAGCCUGAAGGUUGUGACCUUCCUAGGUUUAAUGCAACAGACUUCCUUGAAAGACUUAGAGGUAAAAGGUUGAUGCUGGUUGGAGACUCCAUGAACCGCAAUCAGUUCGAGUCAAUCCUCUGCAUCCUGCGUGAAGGGCUAUCUGAUAAGAGCAGAAUGUAUGAGGCUCAUGGAUAUAAAAUUACUAAAGGAAGAGGUUACUUCCUCUUCAAAUUUGUGGACUAUAACUGUUCAGUGGAGUUUGUUCGCUCACACUUCCUUGUCAAGGAAGGGACCCGUGUUAAUGGUCAGGGGAAUUCAAACCCAACCCUAUCAAUAGAUCAAAUUGACAAGACUGCAAAUCGAUGGAAACAUGCUGACAUUCUUGUCUUUAAUACUGGGCACUGGUGGACUCAUGGAAAAACUGCUAGGGGGAAGAAUUACUAUAAAGAAGGUGAUUUUAUUUAUCCUCGGUUUGAUGCUAUUGAGGCUUACAAAAGAGCCAUGGAGACUUGGGGAAAGUGGAUUGAUCAAAAUAUUGAUCCAGCUAAGAAAAUGGUCUUUUACCGGGGAUAUUCUUCUGCCCAUUUCAGAGGUGGAGACUGGGAAUCUGGUGGGACAUGUAAUGGUGAGACACAACCCAUUUUGAGUGGAGCUUUCCUUGAUAACUAUCCUCUGAAGAUGAAGAUUGUGGAGGAGGUCCUCCAUGAAAUGCAAGUCCCUGUGAUACUUUUAAAUGUGACAAGAAUGACCAAUUUCCGCAAGGACGGACACCCAUCAAUUUAUGGUAAGAAACAGAUGGAAGGGCGAAAGACUUCAAGGAGACAGGACUGCAGCCAUUGGUGCCUUCCAGGAGUCCCAGAUGCAUGGAACGAGCUGAUCUACUUGAACUUAUUUUACAGCAAAUGAUUUCAUCAGAUUAGAAAUACGUUGGUUCUGAAUGUUCUCAUUCCAAUAUGGUACUCUUGAUAUUUACUGCAAGGCCAAAUAUGGGAAAAAAAAAAUUAAAAGAAAAAUAUAUCCAAUAUAAUUAAUCUUAACCAUUUUAUUCA